AUGAUUGCAAUACCACAAUCGAAUACACGACAUAGUACUACAAAUGCUCUUGAUGAACUAAAUCAAAACCUAAAACUAUUGAAAUGUGAAUUCCCGUUACAGGUGCAUAUUUAUGUUUCAAAGGAAGAAGUAUUAAAAACCGAAAAACAUUGUUAUGAAUGGGCAAAGAAGUUUGAUUUGAUUACGGAAAAGACAGCGGAUAAAGAGUUUAAAGGAAGUAAAUUUGGAUUACUUAUUUGUUACAUAUUUCCUACUGUAUCCUUCGAGAGACGUUGUCUUGCUGUCGAUUUCUUUAAUUGGUUAUUUUUUGUUGAUGAUUUGGUAGAUAACAAAAAAACUCUAAAAGGGAACCCAGAAAAAAUAAGAAUAGAACUCGAUAAAUUCAAAACUAUUUUAGAUAAUAAACCACAACUAGAAGUUUUACAAAGUUCAAUUGCCAUUGCACUAUGGGAUGUAUGGUCUAGAAUGAAAAAAUUAACUAGUGAAGAAUGGCAACAAAAAUUUUGCAAUACCGUUUCACUUUAUUUUGAUGCAUGCUAUAUAAAUGCACUUAAUAACUGUUCACGUAAUCUUCCUAAAUCCGUAGAAGAAUAUUCCAAGAUCAGAAGGAAUUCAGGAGCAGUAAUGACCAGUUUUAAUUUGAUCGAACCCCUUCUCGAAGUACAAAUUUCGCACGAUAAUCUAGAUUUGCAAAAUCUUAUGAAUUAUUGCAAUGACCAUAUAUGCUUUAUUAAUGACCUUUACUCGUUUAAAAAAGAAUUAACGGAAAGCGAAGUUGAUAAUAUCAUUGUAGUUUUACAAUAUUCAAAUCAAUAUUCCCUACGAGAAGCUAUUGAUUACGCGGUGAUGUUAGCAAAUAAUCGAAUGGCUCAAAUGAAAGAAAUUGUUGACAAAUUAAUGCGAUUUAGUUUGGAAAUAGAUCAAGAUACUAUUAAAUAUGUCAAUGCAUUAAUAGAUAUAGUG